AUGGACCAUUCCAUAAAUACAUCGAUUGACUACUACUACAGGGUAAAAUCUACACCUGCGAUUAUUAACCAGGAUACCAUAUUCACAGAGAAAGCUCAAACAAACGAUCACUCUGACGAAGAAGAGAUCUACCAGCAUGCAACAACACCGAGCAGAGAAGCACACUUUUCACCUGAAAAGAUUAUAUAUUCUCCAAUUGAUUUCAAACAUCAGUGUCUCCUCAAUGGAGAAUCAACACCACCAGCAGCCGCAGCAGCAGAAACAGCAGCGACACCACCAACAACAAACAGACCUGAAGGAAAUCAACUUCGUAUAACCAUCUCUCAGAGUAUUUGUAGAAAUUAUUCCUGCAUUUCAAAAGAUGAUAGCCACACAGAAAACUUGGUAAGCAGCACCAGUAAUGUAAUCACAGCCACUACUACUACUACCGGUUAUUACAAUCUACGACGUUCAUUGUCUGAAGAUUUCAAAGGUGAUAAACAUACUACAUCACACAGUGAAAUCAAGAAACCAACAAGCUCACUAGCACUAGUCGACGAGGAAUCUGAAGAGAUGUAUAUAGCCAGAAAACUGACUAACGAAGCGCUUAACAAAGCUAUUGGCAAACUGUCUAUCGACUAUACAGACAUUCCCACAUCACCAACACCCCCACCAGCAUUGAGUUAUUCAACUCGAAUUACACAGAAAAAGAACAAACAAACACAACAACAACAGAAAUUCUCUGAUGAAGAAGAAGAGAUUAUAACACGAUUACGACAAGAAUACAAUAUACAAUUACCUUCAAGAAUUAUUGAUCAGCAUCAUCGGUCUACACAAAGUCCACUGACUAUAAUCAGGAGUACAACACCAGAGGAUACAACUGCACCCACGCCAACAACAUCAAUCGAUACACCAUUCAAAAUUGAACAAGAUGUCUACAGUGAAGUGUCGAAACAAACAAUCGCUAUUCAUGCUAAAACACGCAUAUACAUGUUUGAAGCGGAUGAAGGUGAAACAAACGAAGAAGCACAACGAGAAGGAGAAGAAGCAAAGGAAGAAGAAAUGAAAGAUACUGAUGUGUAUCCAGUGAAUGAUGCAAAUGUGAUUCAGUCAAUAUCACAAGAAUGUAGCCUCAAUAAAACUGAUAAUCAAGUUGUCUUACAAACUUCACUAUUAGUUACAAGUCCAAAGUAUCUGACACAAUUGAUUGAUGAAGAGAUUACUGAUUUACGUGUAGAACAACAGCAUAUCGGUGUGAUCAGUGGAUCAGAUUACAGCACCCUGGCGAAAUACUCCCCAAUGGACGGAGGCAACGACGAUGAGGACGACAAUAACAGAGAGGUGGAAAAUCUUCCAAGAUUAAGAGAAAGGCAAGAGCUCCAACAACAACAACAAAAACCACAACAGAAAAUAAUCAACCAACAACAGCAACAAUAG